GAAACAAAUUCCCCUUUCAUUCUUCUCUCUUAUUUAAACACUUCUUCUUCUUCUUCUGCCAUCCAUACCUUUAAAGCUUUAACCUUUUGACAUAUCCAUCCAUCCAUCUCUUUUUGUUCUUUCUUUUUCCAGUCUCUAAAAGGAUGGGCAGCCUUCAAAUUUGGCACAGAAACAAACACCUUUCAAUUCCCUUCCUCUUCUUCCUCUCUGUUUUCCUCUUCAUUCAUCUUACGUCCAUAGCUGAAGGCAGAGGUUUCCAGACGCCAUUAAUGGAGGACAGGAAGGUGGAGGAACAACCCAGCACGGCGGAGCUGGUGAGGAUGAGGAGGAGGAGUCAGAUAGGGUCACAGCCGCCAAGCUGCCGGAGAAGGUGCAGGGAAUGCGGCGGACCAUGUGAGGCAAUUCAAGUACCAGUAGCAGUACAUGAUUCAACACAUCAGAAACAGAGGAGAAGAACAAGAAGAAGAAUAAGAAGCCAUUUCUCUAGUGAAGCUUCUUCUUCUUCUUCUUCUUCUAAACAUAAUAAGGUGGCUCUGUCUAGUGAAGAUGAAACCUCAAAUUACAAACCCAUAAGCUGGAAAUGCAAAUGUGGGAAUUUCAUCUUCAACCCAUGAAUUUUGCUGUUCUUUCAAUUCUUUUUCAUUCAAUAAAAAUACCAACUUGUAAAGAUCAAACAUCUGGAAAUCAUCCAUGGUUCUUGAGUUUCUUUCUGUGUUCUUCAAGACAAUUAGGCAAAGGGAUGUCAGGUGGUGAUUUGAAAGUUUAAGAA